GUUUAAGCAAAACAUUUUGAGAGAGAAAGAGAUGGAGAAUAAGAGAGGACAUGUAUUGGCGGUGCCAUAUCCUGUGCAAGGACAUAUCACACCAAUCCGCCAAUUCUGUAAACGACUCAUCUCUAAAGGUCUUAAAACAACUCUCACUCUCACCACUUUCAUUUUCAACUCCAUCAAACCUGACCCAUCUGGUCCAGUCUCCAUUGCCACCAUCUCCGACGGCUACGACGAUCACGGCUUCGACCCAUCUGGCUCGAUCCAUGACUACCUCCAAAACCUCAAAACAUUCGGCUCCAAAACCAUUGCAGAUAUCAUCCGCAAACACCAGACAAGUGAUAACCCCAUCACUUGUAUCGUCUAUGAUGCUUUCAUGCCUUGGGCACUCGACGUUGCGCGAGAGUUUGGUUUAGCUGCGGCUCCUUUCUUUACGCAGUCUUGUGCUGUUAACUACGUUUACUAUCUUUCUUACAUAAACCAUGGUAUCUCGAAGCUUCCCAUUAAAGAUUUGCCUUUUCUUGAGUUCCAAGAUUUGCCUUCUUUUCUAUCUGCUCCUGGAUCUUACCCUGCUUACUUUGAGAUGGUGCUCCAACAGUUUACAAACUUUGAGAAAGCUGAUUUUGUACUCGUUAAUACCUUUCAAGAGUUGGAGCUUCAUGAGAAGGAGUUGUUGUCAAAAGUUUGUAAUGUACUGACAAUUGGUCCGACUAUUCCAUCGAUGUACUUAGACCAAAGGAUCAAAUCAGACACAGACUACGAUCUGAAUCUCUUUGAUUCAAAAGACUCUGCCUUCUGCACUACCUGGCUCAACACAAAGCCACAAGGGUCUGUGGUGUAUGUAGCAUUCGGGAGCAUUGCUAAGCUGAACAAUGUGCAGAUGGAGGAACUUGCUUCAGCAGUAAGCAACUUCAGCUUCCUGUGGGUUGUCAGAGAUUCAGAGGAGGCAAAACUGCCAUCAGGGUUUCUUGAGACACUCGAUAAAGACAAGUGCUUGGUCUUGAAAUGGAGUCCUCAGCUUGAAGUUCUAUCAAACAAAGCCAUUGGUUGUUUCUUGACUCAUUGUGGCUGGAACUCAACUAUGGAGGCAUUAACCUUUGGGGUUCCCAUGGUAGCUAUGCCUCAAUGGACCGAUCAACCUAUGGACGCAAAGUACAUACAAGAUGUGUGGGAGGCUGGAGUCCGUGUGAAGAUAGACAAUGAGAGCGGGAUUGCCAAGAGAGAGGAGAUUGAGUCUAGCAUUAAGGAAGUGAUGGAAGGAGAGAAGAGCAAAGAGAUGAAGGAGAAUGCAAAGAAAUGGAGAGACUUGGCUGUCAAGUCACUCAGUGAAGGAGGCUCUACAGAUGUUAACAUCGACACAUUUGUAACAACGGCCCAGAACAAAUAAGUUAUCGUGAAGGAGCAAAGAUUUCUUCUAGUGUCUUGUUGAGUCAGUAUUUUAUUCAGUGCAUGUAAUCUUUAAACUCAUUCUUCAUCUGGGUUACUUUCCAAUUCUUAAAAAAUAAAAAGACAUGAUUUACAUUAAUAAUACUGAACUAUUUAUAGUA